GACGACGUGGAGAGAAAGAAGAAGGCGUUGCUGCUGUAUCGCAAUCUUCUCUCGCAGUUCCCUACGCAGCCCGCGUUGUCGACCGCCAAUGUGUGCUCGCAGGCGAUGCAGGAUCUCACGAGCGUGGAAUGGGAGUCCCAAUACGCGCUGGUGGAAUCGUAUUUCAAGCUGCUGCAAGUGGGGAAGGAGCAGCAGGAAACGAGUUGCGUGGAUCAAUUGAUGAAGAGCGAUGGGUUUAUGAAGAUUGUGCGAAGUCGGUAUGCGGAAUUGGUGGAGAAGGCGAGGAAAGAAGUGAUCGAGGAAGGAGAGGAGAGUUAUUUCACGCAGCUGGUGCAUUGUGUUCAUUUUGUGUUUGGAAAAGCGAUUGAAUAAUGUAUGAUAGUCUUUU